AAUAUGAUUAAGUGUAUAAAUGUAUUUUCUUAAUAUUUUUAGCAAUUUUUUUCUUUUUAUGGGAAAAAUUUCAACUCUCGUGUCAAAAUAUAAUUAAGCUUUGAAAGAUAUAUAGAAAUACACUAAAGAAAAUACGCUUCCGAUCAAUAAUUGAUAUGUCAAUUACGCGAAGUCGAGAUGGCAAAAUAGACGAAUAUACAUAGUUGUUAUUUUCUUUGCAUGCUCGAUCGCUAUAUUAUAUAUAACACAUUUAUUAUUAAGUCGAUUGCUAUUAAUAUAUUAUAAGAAUAAUUGGCAUGAUUUGCGGGUUACACAAAUUGGAUUGUAACCAUAUAUACUAUAAUUAGCGAAUUAGAACCAAAUUGAAUGCAAACGCUACAAAAAUGAUAGAAGUAGUAGAAGAUAUGGAUAGUUUGGAUGAUAAACUAUUGAGUAAUGUAUUUAGAAGAAAUCCACCUGUCGAAAACGGCAAAAAAAGAAUCAUAUUUGCAGAUGAGGAUGAUCCAUUAGCUGAUUUGUUGGCUGAUAGGGAAGAUUUACCAUCAAGUCAAAAAAAUCCAGUAAUAGCAAGAGAUAAGCGAGGUAUAAUAGAUGAAUUGUUCAAUAAGAAGAUUUCUAAUGAAUCCUUAUCAAGUUCGAAGGCAGACGAAAAGGAGAGUAGCUUUACAUCUGCGUUAAGUACUACAGGAUUUGAGAAGCCAAAAGCAUCGGAUGACAAGACAAAAAAGUUAUUGAUGCAAGAUUUGUUUGGAAGUACAACGCAUAUAUCACCGUCGAAAGAAUCAGUUAGUAAAAAGUCUGUACAGCCAGAAAUAGAAGUUACACACUACCCAUCUGAUAUUUCUAAGACACAGUUGCAACAUUCAACAUAUGCGCCAACAGCAUUUGGAACGAGAGAAUCCCGCAGAGGCAAAAGAACUUCAGAGAUAAAUAAGGAUCCUCUGGGAUUAUUCUCGAACACAAUAUCAAAUCAAAUUGAACAAAUUACAACAGAAAAACGUACAAUAUCUGCAGAUAUUAGCAGACAGAAAUCAGAAAUCAAAGAAUAUUUACCAGAUUGGUUGGAACCUAAGAAAGAUAAGAUAUUAGAGGAUAAAAGUAGUGAUUAUAUUCAGGAUACUGUAACAUCUACUGAAGAAUUAUUUAAGCAUAGAAGCUCUAGCUCUGAUAAAAUUAUUCACAUGAUAGCAAAUGUAUCGCAACAAGAAGAUGAGACAAGGAUAGAAUCACUAUCACACAAGAAAGAAAGAUUGUCAAAAUUAUCAGAUAGUCAAAAAGUAGAAAUUAACGAGCAUGAGAAGCGGGAAACUGAAAAAAAUUAUCCUAAAUCCAAAACGGGGGAUGCUCCAAUGAUUUCUGAUGUAAAUUCGGAAGAUGUAUAUAAUUUAAUUCAUAAAAACGCAGGCUAUGAAAAUGCGAUCCAUAAAUUAGAAUUAGAAAAAUCUCAUCUUUCAGUGACGUUACAUAGUUUAAAUGAAAAAUAUGAAAAUGAAAUGAUGAUUCUAGAUGAAUCAUAUAAACGGCAAAUAGGAUUUCUGCAAGAAAGAACAGAUACAUUGGAAAAAAGAAUGCAGCAAGAACUUGAAUGUUUGGAGACAGAUUAUGAAGCAAAGAUAGAGAAGCUGAAAAACGAAAAAGUACAAAUUGAGACAUUUUAUAAAGAGGAAUUGCAGAACAUGAAGAAGGAGCAUGCACAAGUUAUAGAAGAAAUUUAUGAACGCCAUUCUCAAAAUGUAAGACUGUUACAGAAAGAACAUUUUGAUACGAUAGAAAACAUAUUAAAAAUGCGAGAAGUGGAGAAUUUAGCUAUGACUACUAUAGCGACUCAUAAGACUGACUUGCAGAAUUUAUUACAAAAAGCUGAUUUUAUCAUAGAGAAUAUAAAAAUUAUUCAAGAAAAGACUGAUCAAAGAAAUGACCAAAGUAUAAAACUACGAGAAUAUUAUUUAAAGAAUCAGGAGGAAGACAUGCAAAUACAAAGCAUAGAAAUAAAGAAGCAACAGAAAUUAUUGGAGCAAGACCAUGACAAAAUAAUAAAAAUAGCUGAGAGAUUAGAUUCACAUGUUACGCAAUUAAUGCUCGAAUUAGAGAAGAAGAGUUCAAUGCUCAAUAAUGCAUUGGAAACAUUAAAAAAAAAAGAGGAAUCUUUGUCACAUGAAAAAAAAUUGUUUGAAGAAAAAGUGCAAUGGGAGCGUAAUCAUUUAGAGGCGUUGAAAGAAUCUUGGCUUAAUGAACAAGAGAGACAAUUGAAGGCUUUGACAAAGGAGAAAGAAGUAAUUGCGGCCAAGAAGAAGCAAUAUGAAGUUUUAAAGACAAUAAAUAGUAAUACUGAUAAUAUUACAAAGAUAGAGAUGUCGGCUGCUAUAAAAGCAGCACAAAAUGCUACUAUAUAUGCCGAACAGGAAAGAUUAAAGUGGCAAGAAAAAAUGGAAUACCUCGAAGGACAUCUGCAAAGUUUACGAGAAAAGGAAUGUCGGCUUUUAACACGCGCCCGAGAUCUUGAAAAUUUCACACGGAUGACAUUUGAAAAAAAUGAAGCCAUUAAAGCAUUGGAAAACGCUCAUCGUAUCAAAAAUGAACAUAAAAUCGAUCCUCGUAGCCAAUUUGAGAACUUGAACUUAGUAAAUAUAAGCGAAACGAUGCCCUUGACAAAAUUGAAACAAAGUCUAAACAACCCAUGUAAUUAUAUAGACAAGCAAACAUCGUCUAAUCAACAACAAACAUUCCAAGUUACUACUCACUUUAGGGAAGUUGUAGAUCCUCAAUUAGUAAUGUUGAAGUUGAAUCUGGAUGACCAACUGGAUAACAUUCAAUAUAUAUAACUGCCAUGAAAUUUUGAUACAAUAGUCAAUAAAUACAUAUUAUACACUUUUCUCAUAAAAAUUAUCUGCUUAAUGUUUUUAUACACAUAACAGACAAUAAACUAUUUUUUACAUUAUAGUUGAUCCACUAUCUGUUGACUCACCAUUGUUAGUAAGGUUUAUACUUUCGAAAACUAAAAAA